AUGACAGAUAUAUUGCCCAGAUCAGACGAUUUGGAAGCCACUUGGAGCUUUAUCGAACCAGGGAUCGCACAGAUCUUAGGUCGGGAUGGGCUUACAACUACUACCAAUAAGCGAGUUAACAAAGUUUUAUCCCCUACCAUGUAUAUGGAAGUGUACACUGCUAUUUACAAUUACUGUGUGAACAAAUCGAAGUCUUCGGGCCAAUUUAAUGCCGAUAAGCAAGAGAACCAAUCUUCGAUCCUUGUGGGUAGUGAGAUUUAUGAAAAGUUGAAGAAAUACUUAAAGGAUCACAUUUCGGGGUUUGAGAGAAAUUCAAAUGAGAGUUUUCUACAGUUUUACGUGAGACGCUGGAAACGGUUUACAGUGGGGACCAUUUUCUUGAAUCAUGCCUUUGAUUAUAUGAAUAGAUAUUGGGUGCAGAAGGAAAGGAGUGAUGGAAAGAGACAUAUUUUCGAUGUUAAUACGCUGUGUUUGAUGACGUGGAAAAAUGUGAUGUUUGACCCAAAUAGCGACACUUUGGUUAACGAGAUUUUAGAUCAAAUUACAUUGGAGAGAGGCGGUAAUAUUAUUCAGAGAAGCAAUGUGACAGCUGCAAUCAAAUCGUUUGUUGCCUUGGGAAUUGACCCACAGGAUUUGAAGAAAUUAAACUUAAACGUUUACAUUCCAGUAUUUGAAAAACCGUUCUUGAAAAGGACAGAAGAGUACUACAAGCAAUACUCUGCGGAUUACUUGACUACCCAUUCCGUUACUGAGUAUAUCUUCAAAGCGCGUGAAGUUAUCUCUGCUGAGGAAAAGGGCAUGGUCAUUUAUUGGGACGAGCAUACUAAAAAACCACUCUCCGAGACUUUGAAUGCAGUGCUCAUAACACAACACGCAGAGGAGCUCAAAGCAGAAUUUGUCACUUUACUUGACUCACGGGAAAAUGCCAAGAUAUCUGCAGUUUACAAUCUAAUGCAAAGAGACAUUACGCUCUUACCGGAGCUAGCAAAUGCAUAUGAAGAAUAUAUCAGGAAAAGUGGUGAAAAUGAAGUAUCUCAGUUAAUCUCACUACAAAAAGCUGCAAUUACCAAUGGCUCUGAGGAGGGUUUACAACACAACAAGAAGGCCAAUUUGAUGGCAUUGCAUUCACUAUCCCCUAAGGACUACGUCAAGAAACUUCUUGAAGUUUAUCGUACAUUCAGGUCAAUGACUAACGAUUGCUUUUUGAGCGAUCCUUUAUUCACCAAAGCGCUAGACAAUGCAUGUCGGGCUUAUGUAAACAACAAUGCGUUCGCAUUACCAGCUGGAGCACCGAGAUCUGCCACGUCAAAGACCCCUGAAAUGUUGGCCAAGUAUAGUGAUCAACUAUUGAAGAAAUCUACAAAACCAGAAGUGGCGCAUGACAUGAGUGUUGAUGAUAUUAUGAUGCUCUUCAAAUUUUUGACGGAUAAAGACGCAUUUGAAUCAUACUAUAGAAGGCUGUUUGCCAAGAGAUUGAUUCACGGUACGUCGAUCAGCGAUAGUGAUGAAGAAUCAGUGAUCCAAAGGUUGCAAAGUGAAAACAGUAUGGAAUACACCGGCAAGAUUACAAAGAUGUUUCAGGACGUUAGACUAUCGAAAGUUCUUGAAGAAGAUUUUGAUCAAAUGAUAAAAGGCUUACCAAAUUACACCAAGGAAAAGUAUCCAGAUUCCCAACCUUUCAUCCUAGCCGAAACAAUGUGGCCUUUUUCGUAUCAAGAAGUAGAUUUCAAAUUACCCAAGGAAUUAGAACCUUCUCAUACCAAAUUAGAAGGAUUGUAUUCUUCGAAACACAACGGUAGAGUACUAAAGUGGCUAUGGCCACUAUGUCGUGGUGAAAUAAGAGCCGAUAUUGGAAAACCAGGUAGACCACCAUUCCUAUUCACCGUAACAUUAUUCCAGAUCUCUAUUCUAUUGCUCUACAACGAUGCCGAUGUGCUCACUUUAGAGAAGAUCCAAGAAGGAACCAACCUGUCGAUUCAGAAUAUCGCUGCUGCGAUGGUUCCAUUCUUAAAGUUUAAGCUAAUGCAACAGGUCCCGCCAGGUCUAGAAAACCUUGUAAAAGCCGAAACUCAGUUCAAGAUCUCUCGCCCCUACAAGGCACUAAAGAGCAAGAUCAAUUUCGCAGGUGGUGUCAAAAACGAUGUAUUGAACGCUUUAAACUCUUCAUCCGACUCCCAAAGAACCGGCCAAGAACUCACAGAGACCGAAAAGAUCGAAAAGGAGUUAAGUGCAGAGAGACAGAUCUUUUUAGAAGCCUGUAUUGUGCGGAUCAUGAAAGCCAACAGGAAACUACCUCAUACUACACUGGUCAACGAGUGCAUUGCACAAUCGCACCAGUGGUUUAACGCAAAAGUUUCACUGAUCAAGAAAGCCAUAGACUCAUUAAUCCAGAAGGAAUACUUGCAGAGGUGCGAUGAUGGUGAAUCAUAUAAAUAUCUAGCAUAG